AAAGUUAGUUGAAAGACAAAACAUGGCCAACAUUGUCCUAUUAUUAAAAGAACACAACUAUAUAAUCUUUUGGUUUUUUAUUAAAUUUCCAUUCUCAUUUUCCACAAAACUAUAUACUUCAUUUUCUUCAAGAUCAUCAAUGGAAAAGGAAGACAAACAUUUCCUCCUCCAACCCCUCCUACCUCAUUUCAACCCUUCCUCUUAUGAAAUUAACCAAAACAAAGAUUACAACACAACCAACAAUCCAAAAUUCUUGAUCCAAAACAACAACAUCAUACAUAGAAUCAUCAUUGUUCUCUUUGUAGCAUUAAUCUCAAUAUGGGCAAAUUAUGAAGCAUCAAAAACCUUUGACAUACAUAUAGUAAACGACACCAAAGACUCCCUAGCGGGUCGUCGUUUCACUCUUUUUUACAUCUCAAACGACAAAGCCACACGUAUACUCCUCAACACAAGCUCCUUUGUGGAACAAAUUCUUUACCCUAAUAGCAACAAUAAUAAUAUCAAGAAUAAGAAGAUUAUAAAGAGUGUCACCCUUCGUCUUACCGGUCAGAAUCUCAAUACUACUACUUUAGUUACCGCCAACGAAAAAAAUAUUAAAAGCUAUGUAAUUGAAAUUAGUCCUAUGUUAUUUGAAGAUGAGAAUUUCAACAAUAUGGCUAUAGUGGGUGCGAUUCAACGUGCCAUGGCUAGCGUUUGGCUAUGGGAUGGAAGGUCUAAAGCUCCACCUAGGCUUCUUGAUGGUAUGGCCGAAUAUAUCGCCGAUUUAGCUGGAUUCCACCACGAGAGACUCUCCGGUGGUGUCGGAGGGUUGCCGGAAUGUGAAGUUGGUCGUGAUUUAUGGUGGAAGGAUAAGGACCCUACUCAUGUUGCACGUUUGUUGCAUUAUUGUGAAAAUUAUGAGAAGGGGUUCUUCCAACGGUUGAAUGAAGCUAUGAGGGACACGUGGCAUGAUCGUAUGGUGGAUGGUGUGUUGGGUUUGAAAGCCACAAAGCUUUGUGGAUUGUAUAAUUCUUCUUAUCUGUAGACUGUAGCAAGUUGCAUAUUCUUUGGUAUUUCAUUUAAUUUAAUAUUUUUCAAAUACUCCUAGUUCAUUAUUCUUAACAAUUAUUCCCCAUUGGCUUAGUCAAAAAAAUUAUUUCAAUUUGUUUGUUUAGAAUUGUUUAUUGAAAACGACUUUUUAUUUGAAAUAAAUAUUGUGGUUAUUUAAGUUGGCGAACACGCUAUAUUAAUUGGGGCGCCUACAUAUUUGAUGCAAUUAUAACAUGGAAGAAUUAAUGUGACGCAUGUGCAAUUAUAAGUGA